GGCUCCACUUCUCCCCUUUUGCUGCUGCUCUUGGACGCCGCUCGCCGGGGACUUGGCUCUCUGCAGAGUCUCAGGAGCUCGCCUUCCUCUUCUCCUUGGAGUCCCGGCUACAUGGCUCUCCGCCUGCUCUUCUCCGGCUUCCUGGCGCUGCUGUGCGCCCCGCGGGCUGAGCUGGCCGGCGUCUUCGAACUUCAAGUCCACUCCUUCACCACCACCAGCCUGCGGAGCUUCUGCCACGGCCGCCAGCCCUGCCGCCUCUUCUUCCGCGUCUGCCUGAAGCACGCCCAGGCCGUGGUUUCUCCGGAGCCCCCCUGCACCUUUGGGGCAGCCUUGAGCGACAUCGUCCCUGCUGACCGCAACGCCGUGGCCACCAGCGGGCCCAUCCGGGUCCCUUUCCACUUCAAGUGGCCGGGCACCUUUUCCCUCAUUAUUGAAUCUUGGAGGGCAGAAUCAGGAGAGCCAUCGACAGAGGAUGCCCAGAGGUUGAUCAGUCGCUUGGCUACGCGUCGCCGCUUGGCUGUGGGUGAGGACUGGUCGCAAGAUGUGCAGCUGGGAGACCAAAGUGAGCUCCGUUACUCCUACCACGUCACCUGCGAUGAGCACUACUAUGGGGAGAGCUGCUCGGACUACUGCCGGCCGCGGGACGAUACCUUUGGGCACUACACCUGUAAUGAGCUGGGCAGCCGAAUCUGCCUGGCAGGGUGGCGGGGCGAAUACUGCUCUGAGCCAAUUUGUCUGCCUGGCUGCAGCAACAGCCACGGGUACUGCGAGAAACCUGGAGAGUGCAAGUGUCGUAUUGGCUGGCAAGGGCACUUCUGCGACGAGUGCGUCCGCUACCCAGGCUGCCUCCAUGGCACCUGCGUGCAGCCCUGGCAGUGCACCUGCCAAGAAGGUUGGGGCGGGCUCUUCUGCAACCAAGACCUCAACUACUGCACCAACCACCGCCCGUGCAAGAAUGGCGCCACCUGCACCAACACAGGGCCGGGGAGCUACACCUGCAGCUGCCGGGCUGGUUUUGCGGGGACGAAAUGCGAGAUCGAGACCAACGAAUGCGACAGCAACCCUUGCAAGAAUGGAGGCAGCUGCAAUGACUUGGAGAAUGACUACAAAUGCACCUGCCCUCAAGGUUUCUACGGCAAGAACUGCGAAGUCAGUGCUAUGACCUGCGCCGAUGGGCCUUGUUUCAAUGGCGGGACCUGUGUGGAGAAACGGAUUGGCGGCUACACUUGCCACUGCCCAAUGAAUUACCACGGUUCCAACUGUGAGAAGAAGAUAGACCGGUGCAGUAAUAACCCGUGUUUGAACAGUGGCCACUGUCUGGAUCUGGGCCGCAGCGUGAUCUGCAAAUGCCGUCAGGGUUUUGCUGGCCCUCACUGCGAAUUGAACAUAGAUGAUUGCGCAGGAAACCCCUGUGCUAACGGAGGCACAUGCAUCGACGGCCCAAACAGCUACACCUGCUCCUGCACCCUGGGCUAUGGCGGAAAGGACUGUGGUACCCGCAUGGACGCUUGUGGCUCCAACCCUUGCCUGAAUAGUGGGACCUGCUACACCCACUUCUCGGGCCAUGUCUGCGAGUGUUCAUCUGGCUACAUGGGCUCCAGUUGUGAGUUCAAAGUUCAGGUUCCCACCCCUGUUAGCAGCCAGCGGGUGGCUGAAGGCCCUUUUCCCCUUGCCCUGGCCAUUUCCUUUGCUCUGGGGCUCAUGACGUUGGUGCUCGCGGCAUGUGCCGCCGUGGCUGUGCUUCGGCACAUGAGGCAGGGCCGCAAAGCGGUGAAAAGCAGUGUCCGCAAUGACCUCGCGACCAUCAACAACCUCAAGGAGAGAGAUGGCUUCCUCAUCUCCCCCGGGCGCUUUAAGGUCUCGAACAAAGACAGCCGAUUCGGUGGGGACCAGUUCAACUGCAAGAGGAAGUUGCUGGAUCAGAGCCGUGAGUCUGUCUGCAAGAAGAAGCUGGAAAAUAAAAAAACUGAGCCCACCCGGUCCAUUGCUCCUGCUGGAUACCCCAAAGAAGGCACCUACCACCCCAUCUAUAUCAUCCCAGACCAGAUGGAGCAGUGCAUUUAUGCAACCGAGGUCUGAAGAAAACCCUUCUCCCAAGCCUUGGACUCCACCGCCUGAAUUUUAUUUUAAUUCCCCUCCAAAUUCUCAGCUAAAGGAAUGUUUACAGAGCAGACUGAAUGGACUCCCGGAGCAGCCAAUGUCUUACCAUUAUUAAUUUUUGAUCUAUAUAGUAUUAUUAUAAAAAAAGACUCCUUUUUUAAAGGAAAAUAUUUAAUAUUUAUUCUUGCUGCUAUAUUUUUUUAUUUUUGCAUCGAGAGCAACAGACUGACUCAGAAUCUUAGGAAGCGAUCGCUGGAUUGGAAAGUCUUUGAAAGUCAGAGCUGGGUUUUGGAGAGGUUUGUUUGGGUUUUCUCUUGAAAGCGGGGGAAAGAAGGACGGAGGCUGAUUGGGGAGGGGGGAGGCUGCCCUAGGAUUGUCUAAUCUGGAGAAAAGGCAGGUCCUUUUCCCACACAAGUGCCAGGAAGGAAGCAAUGAUUUUUUUUCCAUGUUCCUAUUUUUUAAAUAUGUUUUUAAACUGUUGCCCUUUUUAAACUGGUUUCCCUUCCGUUUUGUGGGCUCUUCGCCUCAGCCCACGGUGACUCUCCUCUCAGUCUGAAGGAGGAAAACUGCCCUUUCAUUCAACCACCGGAGAGGUGCAGAAAAAAAAACGACACCCCCAAACAGGAAGCUGUGGCUGAUUGGAUUUGAGUGAUGCCACACCUUUCAACUACAAAAGAAUCCACAAGGCACCUUUCAUUGAAAAAGGAAAAAGGGAAAAAAAUUAAGAAAGCACAAUGCGCAUCUGUUGGCUUGAUGUGGUUGUAAAAAAAAACCAAGGAGGAGAGGAUAUGCUAAGGGGGACUCAGGUGAGAUACUCACCUGUAAAAGAACCUGGCAGGACAGGUUCCAAGUGUCCCUCUAUUUUGCCUGUAGUAGUUCCCGAAGAAGCAUUUUUCAACUGGAGGAAAUGGUAUGGUCUUGCCACUCUUGA